AUGGAAGAGUCUCAGAGUCUACGCUCACUUUUUCAGUCAGCGAAAGAUGCCAAGGCAGAGCUGGAAUCACGCGGAGACACCAACUCGCAGAGCUACCAGGAUGCUGUCAACACGGUGAUCGCCAAGUUCGAUGAAUGCCAGCGACAAGUCAGCGUUCUUUCUUUGUUCAGCGCAAACGAGUCAUUGGAUGACCUAUCGACGGGAGACCUGCAGUACCUCACGCUAGAAUACCAUCUCGCAGAAUUGAUGCAACGCGCUUCGAGCUCAGAUCGAGAGGCUGCGUUACGACGCGCCCUGCAACAAUAUGAGAACUUCCUCACACGACUCGAUGAAUAUGAAUUGCUGUCGGCGGGGGAUAAGAAAUUGUUUGAACGAUACAUUGCCAACCCAUCUACUUUCACACUUGCACCUCUGGACGACGCGGCCGCUCGGCGAGACAUCAAAGUCAGGAGAUUCCGGGAAGAGAAAGAGCUCAAGCAGAAAUUAGAGUACCUUGCUCAAAAUGAAGCUCGGCUUCAAAGUGACGACGACGAUACUCGACGCCUAUAUCUCGCAGAGCUACAGCUAUAUGUGCACCAAACAUUCCAGUCGCUGGAUCUGCUUGUGCAGGAGUUGUCGAUGCUAUCUACUAUGCGCCAGGCGCCUACCCCGUCACAACAUGUCCCCGAAGACUUGAGAGAACGAAGCAAUUUGGGAGGAGCGAAUUACUCAGAUCGGCUGGACCCGUCGUUAUCACAACUGCUGGGUCGCGGACGGAAUGGGCCUCUGCUGGACAGAAAAGGCAAGCCAAUGCAGCCUUUCACUCUGCUGGAUCGUCGCACACAGCUUCAGCAGGGAGUUUUCCGUUCUGGUCACAACCUCCCGACCAUGACAAUUGAGGAAUACCUGGACGAAGAGCAUCGGAGAGGCAAUGUCCUUCAAGGUGGUGAGCAGUCUGGUAUCAAGCCGGAAGUGGAUGAAGAUGAUUUGGACAAGGCAGAUGAAGAGACUAUGAAAGCGCGUGCCUGGGACGAGUAUGUCGAGGCAAAUCCGAAGGGGGCAGGCAAUACGUUGAACCGUGGCUGA